CAAUUAAAAGGCGGGCGAGCAGCGGCCAGAGACCAGGCCCUGACCGACAGCGAGCGCGCGGGACAUGGAGAAGGCACGGCCUCAGUGGGGUAACCCGCUGCAGUUCAUAUUCGCCUGCAUCUCCUACGCUGUGGGCUUGGGCAACGUAUGGCGCUUCCCCUACCUGUGCCAGAUGUACGGCGGAGGGAGUUUCCUGGUCCCCUACGUCAUCAUGCUGGUUGUAGAGGGGAUGCCACUCCUGUACCUGGAGCUGGCUGUGGGGCAGCGCAUGCGGCAGGGCAGCAUCGGUGCCUGGAGGACCAUCAGCCCCUACCUCAGUGGCGUCGGUGUUGCUAGCGUGGUGGUCUCCUUCUUCCUCUCCAUGUACUACAACGUCAUCAAUGCCUGGGGCUUCUGGUACCUCUUCCACUCCUUCCAGGAUCCCCUGCCAUGGUCUGUCUGCCCACUGAAUGGUAACCGCACAGGCUAUGACGAGGAGUGUGAAAAGGCUUCGUCCACACAGUACUUCUGGUACAGGAAAACACUCAACAUCUCACCGUCCAUCCAGGAGAAUGGGGGAGUGCAGUGGGAGCCAGCACUGUGCCUCAUCCUGGCCUGGCUGAUGGUGUAUCUGUGUAUCCUGAGAGGCACCGAGUCAACAGGCAAGGUGGUCUACUUCACCGCAUCAAUGCCUUACUGCGUACUUAUCAUCUACCUGGUCCGUGGCCUUACACUCCAUGGAGCCACCAAUGGCCUGAUGUACAUGUUCACACCUAAGAUGGAACAGCUAGCCAACCCCAAGGCCUGGAUCAAUGCAGCCACGCAGAUCUUCUUCUCACUGGGCUUGGGUUUUGGCAGCCUGAUUGCCUUUGCCAGCUACAAUGAACCCUCCAACAACUGCCAGAAACACGCCAUCAUUGUGUCCAUCAUCAACAGCUCCACCUCCAUAUUUGCCAGCAUUGUGACCUUCUCCAUCUAUGGCUUCAAGGCCACCUUCAACUAUGAAAACUGCUUAAAAAAGGUGAUUCUGCUGCUGACCAAUUCUUUUGACCUUGAAGAUGGCUUUCUGACAGCCAGCAACCUGGAGGAGGUGAAAGACUACCUGGCAUCUACCUACCCAAGCAAGUACAGUGAAGUGUUCCCGCACAUUAGAAACUGCAGCUUGGAAUCAGAGCUGGACACGGCUGUCCAGGGCACAGGCCUGGCCUUCAUUGUCUACACGGAGGCCAUUAAAAACAUGGAAGUGUCCCAGCUGUGGUCAGUCCUCUACUUCUUCAUGCUGCUGAUGCUGGGUAUGGGAAGCAUGCUUGGAAACACAGCGGCCAUCCUCACCCCUCUGACUGACAGCAAGGUCAUCUCCAGCUACCUGCCCAAGGAGGCCAUUUCAGGGCUGGUGUGCCUCAUCAGCUGUGCCAUCGGCAUGGUGUUCACCAUGGAGGCUGGGAACUACUGGUUUGACAUCUUCAAUGACUACGCAGCCACACUGUCCCUGCUGCUCAUUGUACUGGUGGAGACCAUAGCUGUGUGCUAUGUAUAUGGGCUAAAGAGAUUUGGAAGUGACCUUCAGGCCAUGACCGGCCGCACCCUCAACUGGUACUGGAAGGCCAUGUGGGCGUUUGUGAGCCCAGUGCUCAUCAUCAGCCUCUUUGUCUUCUACCUGAGUGACUAUAUCCUCACAGGAACGCUACAGUACCAAGCCUGGGAUGCCACUCAGGGGCAGCUGGUGACCAAGGAUUACCCCCCACAUGCACUAGCUGUCAUCGGUUUGCUGGUGGCUUCAUCUAUCAUGUGCAUCCCCCUGGUGGCCCUGGGGACUUUCAUCAGGAAUCGCCUCAAGAGGGGAGGCUCGUCCCCAGUGGCCUAGGAAUGGACCUCCCAGAGACGGAAGUCAGCCACUCUGUUUCACAGUACUGCCUGCUGGUGGGAACUCCUUGGUUGGAGUGCUGGUCUGGGGCAUCCUGAGUCUGUAAAGAGGAUUAGGGAUCCCGCUUAGAUAAAGAAGGCUGUCUCGGGGAGGGGACCAUAUCCAUUAGGAGAGGCCCUCCAUUCUAUGCCAUCUGAAGGUAAUACCUUGUAGCCUCUUGUCAUCAGGGGUUAAGGCCAGUACUGAAGAUCAUUGUUUCCUUGACUCUAGAAAGUCCUAGAAUUUAAGGUAAACUGUCAUUAGAAACUUGACUGUAACUCUGAGGAGCUGAACAGCACUUCAGUUUUUCUUUUAUUUUUUUUUUGUUUUUUGUUGUUGUUUUUUGUUUUGUUUUUUUCUUUUCUUUUUUA